AUGGCUGAAAGUGGUGGAAAAGGAAUAGUGAAAUGGACAACCAUCAUUAUUAUUAGCACCUCUCUUAAGAACUGUGAAAUUGCAACUACCCUAGAAAAUCAAAGCCACAAGAUCCGGUAUUCAGAGACAGUGGAAAACGGAGCUAUUGUAUUUCCUCGAUCUGGAGUUGCGUUUUUACUGAUGGAUGCUAAAGAAUGUCUUAUGUCAGCUGAAGAAAUAUUUAUAGCCAAGAUUGAGAAAUUCAUAAACAUUCACCAAAAUAGUUUUUUGGUCCUAUCUGCUGCCUUCCAUGGGCUGGAGGAAUGGAAUCUGAUGUUCAAGAUUCAGCAGAGAUUCCUGGGUAAGAACUUUCGGAUACUUCCAGUACACAACGUGGUGAAUGCUAUUAAUCUCAUGUGUACUAUAGCUAAGACCACCUCCAAACCAUAUAUAGAUAGCAUCUGCUACAGGAUGAUAACAACUAAAGCUUACAUCACUGAGCAAAGCCCUGUUUGGAAGACACUGCAAAAGAUAACACUGGAUAGUGAUUAAUUCACAUUAGAGCAGUGGUUCUCAACCUUCCUAAUGCCAUGACCCUUUA